CAUCAUGUUCUCAGCAGCUCGUGCCGCCAAACCAAAGCUUUCUUUGAGCAUUUCUGCUGCCACUACCAACACGGCCUCUCUGUCCCUCAAGUCCCCAGCCGCUCUCUCCAUACCCAGAACGCCACUGUCACCACGAAGUCCAGCUGCAUACAGCACCACCCACAGCUCUAGACUCAGCCAAGCAUGCUACUCGACGUACAGCAACUCGUGCAACUCCAAGAGCAUCCUCAAGAAGACACAGUCGUCAAGUGGUGCUGCCGACAAGAGAACAAGAUUUAACACUGAGCCAGAGGUCCGCUACCUUACGCCCAUUGAAAACCAUGAAGAGUACUACGGCAGCAGCACCGCCAGCAUGUCAAAGGAGGAUAGACGAGAGAGACGGUGGUCGCGUGCCACCGCCGGCUACUCCUGAAGUGAGCCCUUGCCCCUUCGCUCAUU